AGGCGGUGGUGGUGGUGGUGGCGGCGGUGAUGGCGGCCGUGUUGAGCGCCGCGUCCGGCAGCAGCUCGGGCUACGGCCACUCCUUCAUCUACUACAAUCCGCCGGCAGACGGCGCCCCGCCACCAGACAUCCAGCUGAUGAUGCAUCAGGCCCACAACACUGGACUCCAGACCCACGCUGCUGGACAGGUCUUGACCGUGAUCAGGCAGGACAAGACCCCUCGCCACGAUCCUGCACCUCUUUCACCUGACCUCAGCACCUAUGAGGGUGACUUCUCUCGUGCUAAAGGCUCGGUUGCUGAAUUUCCAGAUACCCUGGACUCUUCUGGUGACCUAUCUGAUACCCAGGACUCUACCGGUUAUCUUCCAGAAAUAAAAGUUUCUGCUAGUAAUCUAGAAACCCAGACAUCUUUUCGAGAUCUAAAAGACAUUCAUACUUCUGCUGGUUAUCAAGCAGACCAGACUUUUAACGGUGAUCUUCAAGACAGUCAAACUUUUCUUGAUGGCUUUUUAGCCAACCAACCGUCUUCUUUUCGUAAUUUUCCAGGCGUCUACCCAGCUGAAUUUCCAGAUACAGAGGCAUCUGUUGGGACGCUUCCAGUAAUCCAGACAUAUGCUGGUGAUCUUCGAGAUAUCCAGACUUCAGCCGAUAAUCUUCCAGAGGCUCUGAACUCAACUGAAGAUCUUCCAGACUCCCAGACCACUGUUGCUGGACGUCCAGAUACUCAAACGUCUGAUGGUGAACCUAAAAAGCUCCAAACAGCUUCCGUUGAUAUUCCAGACACCUAUAACUCUGUUGAUUACCGUAUAGACACGCAGACCUCUGCUGGUGAUAUACACUCACAGACCACUGUUACUGACCUUCCAGACAUAGAAACUACUGUUGGUCUUCAAGAUAUUCAGGUGUACACGAAUGAACAUCCAGAAGCCCAUAACUCUGCUGGUGACCAACCAGACCCCCAGUAUACUAUUACUUAUCUUCCAAGCUCCCAGACCUCUGUUGAUGGUUUUCGAGACUCUCAGGUUGUUGAAGUUGACUUUACUAAUACCCAAAACCCUUCUGGGGAUCAACCAAAUUCUCUGGCAGAUGUUGAUGAAUUUCCAAAAACCUACCUUUCUGACGGUGAUUUUCCAAAAGCCCAUAUUUCUAAUAGUGGUGUUCCCAAAACACAGCCCUUGAAAGGUGAUGUUAUGAAAAUGGAAGCCUCUACGGGUGAUCAUGCAAGCACCCGGACCUACACGGGGGAACUUCAGGAUAACAAAUCUGCUGGUGACCUUACACACACCCACACCUCUUUUGUUUUUCCCGAAUCACAGUCUUUUGUUGAUGUUCUUCCAGACUUACAGACCUCUGAUGGUGACCUUCCAGACGCCCAGACUUCUGAUGGUGCGCCGCCCCUGACACUACCGUCGGGUCUGUACCCUGUGACAGGCGGGACGGUGACGCCUGCAGCGCCGCCCUCAGUAGUCACAGGCCGCCCACCCAUCGCCUACCCUCUCCCACAGCCAUCCCUCAUCAGCCGGCCCACCCCGUGGGUCCUGCCCACGGCCACCUCCUACACGCCCCCACAAUGGGUCCGCCCACGCCCGUACAGACCAUACAGGCUCCAGUAUAAUAGACCCAUACCCAGCCCUUUCCGCCCAGUCAACCAGCCACGCCCACAGCCGGCCCGCCCACCCAAGCCCCUAAAGCCCUUGUUGUCCUACAUCGGGCUGCCCAGGCCUAAACCUGGCGCCCAGGGCGACGCAGGGGGCAGCCCGACCUCUCACACCUCCCCUGGCCUCAAUGACAUUGACAACUUGAGAGACACUUUAUUACAGAACAUAAACAAGAAAGUGGUGGCAGACAAGGCGGCCAAGAGACCGUCGCCGUCGACCACCACCGGAGGGAAGCCCUUCCAUCCUGGCGACUGGACCAGUACACCUCAGGAGGCGGCUGAGCGCCCCCAGGACGCUGCCGCCGCUGACCAACAACCUACAGUCGCACUGGAAUCACCAGGUAACCAUGGUUCAGAGUCUGAACAAUCAGAGUUCAUGGAUAACUUAAUUUCUCAGCUGCAGAGCGCGUACGACUUGACCCACGACCUGAGCGGCGACCAGUGGCCGGGAGGCCCAGCACCCAGCACUGCCCUCAGCCCCCCGCCGCCGCCCCCGCUGGGGCAUAGACCUACCCGCCCUCAGGACACACUGCCUCUCCUGUCAUGGGCAAGCAACCUCAUGCAACCAUUAGACCCAGGGCUGCAAUCCUCCCACCAACCCACAGCCGCCCACACCCACCUCAGUCACCCACCCAAACAAUACUCCCUGGAUUACUCCUUCAUGGAUGAGGAUUACAGUUCGCUGGGUACAGCUCCAAACAUGAAUCUACGAAUCCAGCAGACACUGCAGCACAUUGUUGACGAUUUGAACGAUCAAGCGGUCAGUAGAUACGAGAGUGACCUCCCAAGUCAUGACGAACUGCCUGGUGGUGCAGCUGUCGAGGGUGACGACGGUUCCCAGAACACGGGGACAACUGCGGGCGUCCACCAUCACGCCCCCCACGCCCACAGCGGGUCCCCGCCGGCAGGACAACACGCCCACAGCGGGUCCCCGCCGGCAGGACAACACGCCCACAGCGGGUCCCCGCCGGCAGGACAACACGCCCACAGCGGGUCCCCGCCGGCAGGACAACACGCCCACAGCGGGUCCCCGCCGGCAGGACAACACGCCCACAGCGGGUCCCCGCCGGCAGGACAACACGCCCACAGCGGGUCCCCGACGGCAGGACAACACGCCCACAGCGGGUCCCCGACGGCAGGACAACACGCACCAACACUCCAGGCGAACAUUGUAGUCCAGGACCAAAUGAUGGGUGAGAGUACUUAUGAGAGCCCAGGUAGUGACCAGAGUACAGAGAGUAACCAGAACCCAGGUAGUGACCAGAGUACAGACAUUGUCCAGAGAACAGACAGUGUCCAGAGUACAGACAGUGUCCAGAGUACAGACAGUGUCCAGAGUACAGACAGUGUCCAGAGUACAGACAGUGUCCAGAGUACAGACAGUGUCCAGAGUACAGACAGUGUCCAGAGUACAGACAGUGUCCAGAGUACAGACAGUGUCCAGAGUACAGACAGUGUCCAGAGUACAGACAGUGUCCAGAGUACAGACAGUGUCCAGAGUACAGACAGUGUCCAGAGUACAGACAGUGUCCAGAGUACAGACAGUGACCAGAGUAUACGCAGUGACCAGAGCCCAGACAGUGGCCAGAGCCCAAACAGUGGCCAGAGCCCAGACAGUGGCCAGAGCCCAGACAGUGUCCAGAGCCCAGACAGUGACCAGAGCCUAGACAGUGACCAGAGCCUAGACAGUGGCCAGAGCCCAGACAGUGGCCAGAGCCCAGACAGUGGCCAGAGCCCAGACAGUGGCCAGAGCCCAGACAGUGGCCAGAGCCCAGACAGUGGCCAGAGCCCAGACAGUGUCCAGAGCCCAGACAGUGGCCAGAGCCCAGACAGUGUCCAGAGCCCAGACAUUGUCCAGAGACCAAACAGUGACCAGAGACCAAACAGUGGCCAGAGCCCAGACAGUGGCCAGAGCCCAGACAGUGUCCAGAGCCCAGACAGUGUCCAGAGCCCAGACAGUGUCCAGAGCCCAAACAGUGACCAGAGACCAAACAGUGACCAGAGCCCAGACAGUGGCCAGAGCCCAGACAGUGGCCAGAGCCCAGACAGUGGCCAGAGCCCAGACAGUGGCCAGAGCCCAGACAGUGGCCAGAGCCCAGACAGUGUCCAGAGCCCAGACAGUGGCCAGAGACCAGACAGUGUCCAGAGCCCAGACAGUGUCCAGAGCCCAGACAUUGUCCAGAGACCAAACAGUGACCAGAGACCAAACAGUGGCCAGAGCCCAGACAGUGACCAGAGCCCAGACAGUGACCAGAGCCCAGACAGUGACCAGAGCCCAGACAGUGGCCAGAGCCCAGACAGUGUCCAGAGCCCAGACAGUGUCCAGAGCCCAGACAGUGUCCAGAGCCCAGACAUUGUCCAGAGACCAAACAGUGACCAGAGACCAAACAGUGGCCAGAGUCCAGACAGUGACCAGAGCCCAGGUCCUGCAGGGGACGUCCUCUCCACACCCACGGAGCCUCCCCCAGGUUCCUUCUGGCCGUACUCGCCCCACCAGCCCUCCACACACCCAGACGCGCCCUCGACCUCCCUGCCGCCGCCGCCGCCUCACAGCUUCUGGUCGGAGCUCCUCAAGCACCUGUACAGCUUGCAGAACCUGGUGCCACAGGGCCGGCGUCCUGCUGCCACUAUAGAAUGACGCGCCCGGGGCUGAGAGUGGAUAUAUUCCCACUGAUAUCUUGCACAAUACUGUGAUAUACAAAGAGUACCACCGGAUGGGCAUUAUUAGCUGUAGAGAAGUACCCGAUUAUUAUUAUCCUGUCUCCCGCUGCCCAAAUCUGGGCAAACAACGUUUAAAUGACAUUGAUUUACUGUUAAUGCUAUGUUGAUUUUACGGUGAUCCACUAUGGAUUAAGCGUUACUUGGACAUGUAUGUGUUGUUCGAGAGAGGGCGGCGUAUAUACAGUUAUUGGCCCGCUCUCGUUAACCCUUACACUGCGCCAGCCGCUAUUUGCAGUAAUCUGUGCGCAGAUCGGAACGCUCGUGGGUAUCACAGCGCUCGGAGUCGGCUGUGAUGCCGACGUAAUUGUCAAUGGAUUAAACCAACAUUUAGUACAAAUAAAGUGCAUGAGGACACCCUGGCUCCCUCUCAGCUGCAUGAGGACACCCUGGCUCCCUCUCAGCUGCAUGAGGACACCCUGGCUCCCUCUCAGCUGUGCGAGGACACCCUGGCUGCCUCUCAGUUGUGCGAGGACACCCUGGCUGCCUCUCAGCUGUGUGAGGACACCCUGGCUCCCUCUCAACUGUGCGAGGACACCCUGGCUGCCUCUCAACUGUGCGAGGACACCCUGGCUCCCUCUCAGCUGUGCGAGGACACCCUGGCUCCCUCUCAGCUGUGCGAGGACACCCUGGCUCCCUCUCAACUGUGCGAAGACACCCUGGCUCCCUCUCAGCUGUGUGAGGACACCCUGGCUGCCUCUCAGCUGUGUGAGGACACCCUGGCUGCCUCUCAGCUGUGUGAGGACACCCUGGCUGCCUCUCAGCUGCACGAGGACACCCUGGCUGCCUCUCAGCUGCACGAGGACACCCUGGCUGCCUCUCAGCUGCAAGAGGACACCCUGGCUGCCUCUCAGCUGCAAGAGGACACCCUGGCUGCCUCUCAGCUGCAAGAGGACACCCUGGCUGCCUCUCAGCUGCACGAAGACACCCUGGCUGCCUCUCAGCUGCACGAGGACACCCUGGCUGCCUCUCAGCUGUGCGAGGACACCCUGGCUGCCUCUCAGCUGUGCGAGGACACCCUGGCUGCCUCUCAGCUGUGCGAGGACACCCUGGCUGCCUCUCAGCUGUGCGAGGACACCCUGGCUGCCUCUCAGCUGUGCGAGGACACCCUGGCUGCCUCUCAGCUGUGCGAGGACACCCUGGCUGCCUCUCAGCUGUGUGAGGACACCCUGGCUGCCUCUCAGCUGUGCGAGGACACCCUGGCUGCCUCACAACUGUGCGAGGACACCCUGGCUGCCUCUCAGCUGUGUGAGGACAACUUGACACACUCAGCUGCGUGAAGAAGAAAAGUCGUCUUUUACAUAGUUCCCCUUUGUUAGUGCAAUAUUAAUUAGCAUUGGACCUCCUGCAGGAAUAAUGAGACAUAUAGUUAAUUAGUUGUUAGUUCACACUGUACAUACGUAGUAGUUAUUAUGAGAACCACACUUCAGUGUCAAGCAGAGUGGUUUUAAAUGUAGCAAAGCAUCACUCAAA